AUCGAUGUCCCCUGCAGUUCGGUCUUCAUUGUCGGAAUCAAACAUCUUUGCUCCCGAUGACGUCCGUGCGGCUGUAGCAGUCAAAACUAUCACAAAUAAAGGAAUAGAACUGGUGGAUGGACUGGUUUUACCGUCCGCGUGCAUAUUCAUUGGAGGUCGUGUAUUUCUCUGGAAUGUCCCUCCGAUCACUACCAGUUGGGAUGCGUGGAACCUUGACCAUUUCAAAAUUUUCGAAGUGGUUAUACCGCGACCAGAAAUCCUUAUUUUGGGGACUGGGGAGAAAUCCCUGAUCCCCCCUCCGGAGAUAAAGAAGUAUUUAUCGAGCAUCGGCGUCCAACUGGACGUUAUGAACACUUGGAAUGCAUGCUCAACGUAUAACCUUCUAGUUGAAGAGGGUAGAAGGGUUGCUGCGGCACUCCUUCCACUAUCACAUAGACAAUGGGACAAUGCCCCUUCGCCUUCGCCUUUAACUCUUCAACAAUGAUCAACUCGCCAAUUUAGAAAAAAAAAAAAGUAUUCCAGCGCCCAGUGUCCAAUUAAUUUGCUACAUGUCAUCUAAUAGCCACUCUAAUAUGUCCCGUCUCACCUCCGCUGGAUCCAGAAGUGUACCAUUAGAAUCCACACCCUCCAGUACGCCAUAUUUUUUUCCAACCAAAUCCUCUCCCAACGUUUUGCACGUUCUUGUUAUGAUUUCUGCAUCCAACGAUUUCAGAGAGUGCUGUGGUGGUGGCGGGAGGUAGGAUAUGUCGCAAGCGAGGAUGAGGCCUCGUUUGCUAUGGAAGCUUGCAUUCUGCCACCAUUUUAGAUUCCGGUUGUUUCAACAACAACCUCGUAGUCAGGAAAAACUUAAUAUCUUUCACUUACAACCUUUCCCCACGAGAACGUGUUCGCGAUGACAUGGGUAAACUCUGGUGACUGCCCAUACGCCCAUUCCCAGCUCU